GUUUCAUUGAGAGCAAUAUUUGAAGUUUCAAUUUUCAUAGAAUAGUUCCGUCAUCCGUCAGCCUUUCCUCGUCCUUUUGAAGUUCAAAAACGGAGAGGGACCGUGAUUUGAUUCAAAAUGGUUAAUGUACCUAAACAGAGACGUACAUUUUGUAAAAAAUGUAAGGUCCACAAAAACCACAAGGUGACACAAUACAAGAAAUCUAAAGAACGUCAUGCUGCCAGAGGUAGAAGGCGUUACGACAGAAAACAACAAGGUUUUGGUGGUCAAACCAAGCCUAUCUUCAGGAAGAAGGCCAAAACAACCAAAAAAAUCGUCUUGAGAAUGGAAUGUACAGAUUGUAAAUUCCGUAAACAAGUUCCAUUGAAGAGGUGUAAGCACUUCGAGCUUGGAGGUGACAAAAAGAGGAAGGGACAAAUGAUUCAGUUCUAAUUGUAAAAAUAAAUAAAUCUUUGUAAACAGUU